AUUACACGCCCAUCGACCCAAAGGGCGCGCAUAAGACUUGCCAUCGGGCUUUGGUGGUAUUCUGUUGUUUUCCAGUGUCAUCCAUUUCGGGACCUGAGCCAACCUUGGACAUUCGCUUGCUGGCUCUAUCUGUGAUUAAUAUAUAUGUACAAGACCUUCGUGAGGAAAGGCCCAAGGUUGCAGAACGCUUCUUCAUCUACAUUUAAAUCUUUGGAGCUACGAUCUAGAGGUUUCUCCUUCUCGAAAGGAUUAGACAUGGACGCCGAUCAAUUCAGGAAAGCUGCCCACGCGGCCAUUGAAGAAAUCAUUGCCUACAACCAAGAACUCCCCAAAUACCCUGUGCUGCCGACCAUCAAGCCAGGAUUCCUCGCACCACAACUGCCAACAUCAGCACCAGAGAAACCAGAAGCAUGGCCUGAAAUACAGUCGGACAUCGCAUCGAAAAUCGUGCCUGGGAUCACUCACUGGCAAUCACCUAAUUUCAUGGCUUUUUUCCCGGCAGGCGUCACUUACCCGUCUAUGCUCGGGGAGAUGUAUUCUGCCGCAUUCACGGCUCCGGCAUUCAAUUGGCUGUGCAGUCCUGCGUGCACCGAACUGGAAACCGUGGUAAUGGACUGGCUGGCCAAGGCUUUUCAGCUGCCCAAGGAGUUUCUUAGCACGAGUGCCAAUGGCGGCGGAGGGACCAUCCAGGGCAGUGCGAGUGAGGCGAUUGUGACCUGCAUGGUUGCUGCAAGGGAGAGAUAUCUGCACAGUAAGUGUGAUGCGGAGGGGUUGAAGCCUGGGUCGCCCGAGAGAGAGGAUCGUAUUGCUUUCCUGAGAGGACGACUGGUUGCCUUGUCGAGUGAUCAAGCCCAUUCCUCGACGCAAAAGGGAGCUUUGAUCGCCGGUACCAGGUACAGGUCUAUCCCGACAAAGCUCGAAAAUGAAUUGUCUUUGAAGAGGGAGGAGCUGGAAGCUGCCCUGGAGCAAUGCAAGGCUGAAGGUCUCGAACCCUACUACAUCACCCUGACGCUGGGCACGACCUCGACAUGUGCAGUUGACGACUUUGCUGGCCUCGCCCCAGUUCUCAAAGCACACCCAGAUCUUUGGGUUCACAUCGAUGCGGCUUACGCCGGGGCAGCUUUGGUCUGUCCUGAAUACGCCUCGAAGUACUCUCCACAAAUGAUCAUCGCCGACUCGUUCAACAUGAACAUGCACAAAUGGCUCCUCGUAAACUUUGACGCAUCCUGCCUGUUCGUCCAGAACCGGAACCAUUUGACGCGUGCAUUGUCCAUUUCGGCAGCCUAUUAUACGAACAAACACUCCGAUAGUGGCUUGGUCACGGAUUAUCGAGACUGGCAGAUUCCCUUGGGAAGAAGAUUUCGGGCAUUGAAAAUCUGGUUUGUUAUGCGGAGUUAUGGUCUAGAAGGCAUGAGGGAACAUAUCAGAAAGUCGGUGGAGAGAGGCGAGGUCUUUGCUGACCUUGUCCGCGGGCGAAGUGAUCUAUUCGAGCUGGUCGCAGAGCCGCGAUUUGGAUUGACGUGUUUCCGAGUCAAGCCUUCAGCCCUGGCAGAGCAGGCAAACACGGCAGAGACGAAUGCGGACUUUGUGCCCCAGUCUGCAGCAAUGCAGCAAAGAGAACAAGAUGCGAAUGAGGUGACGAAGCACAUUGGGGAGUUGAUCAACGAGCGAGGUCAGAUUUUCAUUACCUGCAGCAGCACGGCAGGUAAAUCUUUCAUGCGGGUUGUUAGUGGCAACCCACACGGGGAGGAGAAGUAUAUAAGGGGAGCGUUUGAGAUCAUUACGAAAACGACAGAGGAGGUCAUCGCUUCGAGGAAGCCGGUGAAUGAGAUGAAUUGAUUGACGUAUGAGGAGCGCACCGCAUAUAGACGACCCGUUCUUGAGUGACCCUGUCCUCUCGACAAUUUUGGGUGUUCUCGAAAGCACGACCAAGAAGACAGUUUUGAUAGAUAAUAGAUCAUGAGUAUGAC